AUGAAAAGUAUUGCAGUCAGAAGACCAUCCCUUUCAAGAACUAUGGUUUUAAGUUAUGCUUCCCCAUCCCACACACUUGGGAUGCCCAUAUCCAGACCACAUACAACUGGCUUUAAGGCAGCAAAAAGCAGAAGUGUUUCAGUUUUAAAAGCCCAAGAAGAUUAUGAAAUGUACCAAUCAGCAUCAAAACAGCUUGAAACCCUUACAAAGUCCUUGAAAAAUUUGAAGAAAAAAAAAGACGACCUGAUGGCUUCCAAUGAAGGCCUCCAACAGCAAAUUGCUUCCUAUAUACAAGAGUCCCAAAAUAUAAAAAGAAACCAAGAAAAGCUUCAUAAUGAGUCUUUAAGGAUAAGCAAACAGACCAUAAAGCUAGAAAUGGAAAGAUACUCAUUGAAAAAGCCUAUCCUUGUCAUCGAAAAAGAAAUCAGAAGUUUAGACCAAGAUAUCAUAAACGGGGAAAAUACUCGAAAAAAUGUGCAGGAAAAGCAAGAAUCUGUGAAUAAAGAAGUAAAUAAGCUGAAAAAUGAAAUAAAAUUGGUGAAAGCAAAAUUAAAAGAAGAAGAGCAAGAAAAAUCAAGAAUUUACGGACAGAAUGAUAUGAUUUUAGAAGAAAUUGAAGCUCUGAGAAGAGAAAUUGAAAUGCUGCGGUCAUAG